CCGGGGUUUCCGCCCGCCCAGCGCGGCCGCCCGGCCGGAGGAAGCAGCGCGGCGGGCCGGGCCCCGCAGCAUGCGCGCGCCGGCCGCGGGCCGCUGAGGCCGGGCCGCCGGGAUGGAGCCCGCGACCGCGCCCCGGGCCGACAUGGCGCCCGAGCUCAGCCCCGAGGAGGAGCAGGCCACCAAGCAGUUUCUGGAAGAGAUCAACAAUUGGACCGUUCAGUACAAUGUUUCCCCUCUCUCCUGGAACGUGGCUGUCAAGUUCCUCAUGGCCCGGAAGUUCGACGUGCUGCGAGCGGUGGAGCUAUUCCACUCCUACAGGGAAACAAGAAGGAAGGAAGGCAUUGUCAAGCUGAAACCGCACGAGGAACCUCUCCGUUCUGAGAUCCUUAGUGGAAAAUUCACCAUCUUGAAUGUUCGAGAUCCAACAGGAGCCUCCAUCGCCCUCUUCACUGCCAGACUGCAUCACCCCCACCAGUCAGUCCAACAUGUGGUACUUCAAGCUCUGUUUUACUUGCUGGACAGAGCCGUGGAUAGCUUUGAAACUCAGAGGAAUGGAUUGGUGUUUAUCUAUGACAUGUGUGGUUCUAAUUAUGCCAACUUUGAGCUGGAUCUUGGCAAGAAAGUCCUCAACCUGCUGAAGGGUGCCUUCCCGGCGCGGCUGAAGAAGGUGCUGAUCGUGGGAGCGCCCAUCUGGUUCCGAGUGCCCUACUCCAUCAUCAGCCUCCUCCUGAAGGAUAAAGUCCGGGAGCGGAUUCAGAUAUUAAAGACAAGUGAGGUCAGCCAGCACCUGCCCAAGGAGUGCCUUCCAGAAAACCUGGGUGGGUACAUCAAGAUUGACCUCGGCACUUGGAAUCUCCAGUUCCUACCCCAGAUGAACGGCCACCCGGAUCCCCUCGACGAGAUCAUCCUGCUGUCCCUCCCUGCCGCCUCAGACCGGAACUCGGUGCAUGUUCCGGAUGCCCAGGCCAUGACCAUCCAAGAACUGAUAGACCAUGUUAGCACCCGACAGAAGCGGGGCAUCUAUGAGGAGUACGAAGACAUCCGGCGGGAGAACCCUGCUGGCACGUUCCAUUGUUCCAUGUCUCCAGGGAACCUGGAGAAGAACCGCUAUGGGGAUGUGCCCUGCCUGGACCAAACAAGAGUGAAACUGGCAAAACGAAGUAGCCAAACACAGACAGAUUACAUCAAUGCCAGUUUCAUGGAUGGUUAUAAGCAGAAGAAUGCUUACAUUGGUACACAAGGCCCUCUGGAGAAUACCUAUCACGAUUUCUGGCUCAUGGUCUGGGAGCAGAAAGUGUUGGUGAUCGUCAUGACCACCCGCUUUGAGGAGGGCGGCAGGAGAAAGUGUGGCCAGUACUGGCCUCUGGAAAAGGCCUUCCAGCUGCAGUUCGGCUCCCUCAUGGUCACCAACCUGGGCGUGGAGAACAUGAGCCAUUAUAAGAAAACAACGCUAGAAAUCCACAACACAGAGGAGCGGCAGAAACGCCAGGUGACCCACUUUCAGUUUCUGAGCUGGCCAGAUUAUGGUGUCCCGUCCUCAGCAGCUUCCCUCAUUGACUUCCUGCGAGUGGUCAGGAACCAGCAGAGACUGGCCGUCAGCAGCCUGGGAGCACGCACCAGAGGGCAGAACCCUGAGCCGCCCAUCGUGGUCCACUGCAGUGCAGGCAUUGGCAGGACAGGUACCUUCUGCUCCCUGGACAUCUGCCUGGCACAGCUGGAGGAGCGUGGCACCCUGAACGUGUUCCGGACGGUGUCCCGCAUGAGGACCCAGAGGGCCUUCAGCAUCCAGACCCCCGAGCAGUACUAUUUUUGCUACAAGGCAAUCCUGGAAUUCGCAGAGCGGGAGGGCAUGGUACCCUCCAGCCACAGCCUCCUGGCCGUGGAGGAACAGUAACUGACCCACGAGCCUCCUACCUGCUGGUCAGCCUUCCUUAAACUUCCCCGGACACCGCUGAGCCUAUAGGUUGCCAUUACGUCGAAGCCAUGGACCAACCUCUUACCGUGUCUCCCGGCGCACGUGUGCACGCAAGGCAGCCUUUCCCUUCGGCUAGAUAGAUGUGGUGACCUUGCCACGAGAAAGGGCCAGCAGCAAUGUGUUCUGAAUUCCUAGCACCUGCUAUUGAACUGUGCCUUAUUAAAACCAAAUUGUGGCUAUCAAGUCUUGCCAGGGGCCCCGAGAUGAGUGGGGAAGGAACACGCCUUCCCCCUUUCCCGACGCCAUCCACUUUCUCAAGGUCCCUUUCCUAUUUCCUUCCCUUUUUUAGGAUAUAACGGGGAGGUUUGUUGAGCAUCCACCUUCCUUCCCAGAGAGCUUGACCAAGUUACAUACUCUAGAGGACGUCCUGAGUGCCAAGCACGUUUAUACCUAGGACGCGUAUUCCAGUCUUUUCUGUCAUUCUCUGUGUGUCUGUAUGUAUGUGCACUUCUGUGUAUGGGUCCACAUAUACGUGUGUAUAUAAUAUAUAUUGUAUGUGGUAAUAUGGUCAUAUUCUAUAAAAACAUAUACAGAGA